AUGUCAUCACGCGGAAAAUUAAUGCUUCAAAUGGUGAAAGAGAUGAGCGAGGAAACUACUGAAUGUGAGCCCCAAAGUGAAAAUAAUAUAAAACCUAAGAGUCAAGGUACCUCAGAAAUUAAAGAAGUACAAAUUGAACCCACUUUUUUGCUAAAUUGUGAUGAUGUACAAUUUGAAGCAGAAUCGAGUUCAAUCAUACAAAGUCAAAAAACACCAGAAAAUACUUCUUUUUUGCAACAAGAAAACCAAGCAAAUCCAAGUCAGCCUUUGCAACAAGAAAACAACAAUGUAACCACAAGCAGCAUUGAUUCUUCACAUCAGAAUAUUUUGGGUGAAAAUAUAUUUUAUUCUGUGGCACCUUUGUUUGAAGAUGAUAGUGAGGAAUGUAACAAUGCAGCCAAAAUCAUAUCUGAUUCUCUGGAUAAUCAGCAUGAUAUGCAUAAUGUGGCAGGUCCAAGUAGGGGUAGUUAUUUUUAUCAACACGAUGAUCAUGAGGUGGAAUUAGCUGAUGAUGAUAGUGACGACUCCUCAUUGAUUGGCGAAUCAAGUGGUAGCGAAUCUGAACCUUCCGAAUUAGAAAAUGAGGAAAACGAACCAGAGGAUGAGCAAGAAAACGAACCAGAUGGAGAGCAAGAAAAUGAACAACAAAUUGCACAUUGUAAUGACGACACAGAUUGUGAAGUUCCAAAGACCAAUACAAAUUUGACGAGUAGGGGCACAAAAAGGAUUAAAACGUUCCCAGUUAAAGAAAAAACUUCAAGACGAAGGAUAAGAAAGCCAGAUACGUGGAAAAGGCGAUCAGCAGCAAUUAAAAGGGAAAGGGGAGAAAGUUACAUUUCCUAUAAAAAUCAAAGCGUACCUGCAAAAACUUUCUGCUCUGAAUGUUUAUGCAAUGAACGCUGUAGACUCAAAUGCAGCACAAAGUUCGAUUUAGAUUCACGAAAACUAAUAUUUGAAGGCUUCUAUAAACUUGACAUGAACGCAAAAAAUGCCUUAUUGUUUAUAAAUAAAUAAAUAAAUAAAUAAAUUCUUUAUUUACGGACAUGCCAUUUUUACAAAGGUAGACUUAAAGUGUAGGUACACGCAAUAAUAAAUAUUUGGAAUAACAAGUAGGCAACAGACAAGUUAGUAUAAAAAAACAAUAUUACAUAAGCCUAAACAAAUAUUUUGUAGUAGGUAUCAAAACAUAAACAACAUAAUACGCUUAAAAUUGAAUACAAAUAGAAAAAACGAUCAUUUUAGGAUCGACUUUAAAAUUCUUUUGAAUCUAUCCAAACUUAUGUUAAAAACAUCCAAAUCGGUCUUCAAAAUAAUAUCAUUCAGAGAACGACAGCUUCUAAGUAAAGGUGAAUGGUAACCAUAAUUGGUUCUACGAAAAUCAAGGUUAAACAAUGUGUUUCCUCUUAAAUUGCUAGAUGGUACAUGUAAGCCAAUUCUAGCAAGUAAGUCUGGAGAAUCAAUAGAAUUAUUAACAAUCUUAAACAAAGUACACAUAUCAAAAAACUGUCGCCUCUGGUUCAGAUUUUCAAGAUUUAGGACAGACAUUAACUCAUUAUAAUUUAUAGAUUCACUUGGGAUGCCCAAUCGAUAUGCAAUGGAUCUUAAAAACUUUUUUUGGAUUCGUUCUAAGUGGGAGAUGUGCACAGCAUAAUAAGGGGACCAGACAGGGCAAGCAUAUUCUACAACUGAUCUAACAAUUGCACAAUAAAUGUUUCUUAGGGUGUAGAUAUUAGUAAAUUCUUUUAGUGACCUGAACAUAAAGCCUAGUAAUUUCAUUGCUUUAUUAGCAGUUAUUUCAAUGUGCUCUGUGAAGCUUACAUUAGUGUUGAAAUAGACUCCCAAGUCUCUAAUAGUUUCAACCCUGUUAAUCUCCAAAUCAUUAAGAACGUAAUUAUGUAAGUAAGGUGUUUUUUUCCGAGAAAAAGUAAUAACCUUACACUUCUCAACAUUUAAGGGGAGUUUGUUUCUUUGACACCAAGUCCGAAACAUAUCCAAGUCCACUUGCAAUAAUUGAGCAUCCCUGACAUCCCGAACAACCAUAAAACACUUCAAGUCAUCAGCCAAGAGCAAAAAAUCGGAAUUUCUGAAGACACCUGACAGAUCAUUAAUAAAUAUACUAAACAGCAAAGGAGACAGGUGUCCUCCCUGAGGCACCCCCGAGGUCACCGAAAAUACUGAAGAGAUGUAAUUCUCAAUUUUUACAGCCUGUUUUCUACCUGUGAGAAGACUUCCAAUCAAGCUCAAUAGACCUCCAUGCAGCCCCACAUCGGCCACCUUCUCCAAUAGUAUCUUAUGGUCAACCCUGUCAAAGGCCUUGGAGAAGUCAGUGUAGACCGAGUCAAUCUGACACUUAUUCUCCAAGCCCUCCAACAGAGCCUCCUCAUAGACCAGAAGAUUAGUCAAUGUAGAUCUACCCUUAAUAAAGCCAUGCUGUUCCGGUACAAUAACAUGUUUCAAAAUUGGUGUAAGAAAAUCCGUUAUUAUAGACUCAAAUACCUUAGAAAAAAUAGACAUUCUGGAUAUGGCCCUAUAGUUUUUAAUAUUAUUUCUUUCUCCACUUUUAAACACAGGAGUUAUAUAGCUUAAUUUCCACAUAUCAGGAAACCGUCCCAACUCUAAAGCCUUAUUGAAUAUUUUACAUAAUAUCUCUGAAAGAAUACAACUACAAUUCUUAACAAAUAAUACUGGGAUGUCAUCAGGACCACAACCCAAUCCAUUCUUCAAUGAAUGUAUCUUGUUAAAUAUAUCAAGAGGGGUAAUUUGAACCGAACUGAUACUGCAAUUAGACAAACUAGAUAAAUUAGAGACAGGAAUGUUUCGAUCACUCUCAACACUCACCUCAGUAUAAACCGAGGAAAAACUAUCCUUAAAGAGAUUGACAAUUUCAUGAGGUGUGCUACCUUCAUGCUCAUCAAGAAACAUAGAACUGGGAUAUCCACGAUUUUCAUUUUUCGAUCGUACAUAUCUCCAAAAUCCAUUUCUGUCCUGUGUCUCGGACUCGAUUUUCUCAAUGAAAUUCCUAUGGCUGAUAUGAGAAUAAAUUUUACAUUCUUUCCCAAUUUCUGAAAAAAACUCCAUAAUCCUGAGCGGACAUAGUAUUUUUAUAGUUUUGAUGUGCCUUUUUUUUAGACAAAAUCAAACAUUUCAAAUGACUAUCCAUCCAUCCUGGAAAUUUUGCUGUUUUUCUUUUUGAAAUGGGUGUAAAGAUCUCAAUAGCAUGAUAAAUUUGAUUAUAAAAAGUAUCGACAGCAGAGUUGUUUAGAAGUAUCACACCUUUACCCAUUGUUCGUCAACGUAAAAAUGCUAUUAAGCAUAAAACUUCUUCUUAUAAAUACAGCAUGAUAUUAAAUAACCAACAAGUGUUUGUGUGUAAAUCAGCUUUUUGUGCCUUGUACCAAAUAAGCCGUAAAAAAGUGGAUAUAAUAAAAGAAAAGCUGAAAACUGGAAGCUCAGUCCCAUCUAAAGAUAGACGAGGUAUUCAUACAAACAGGCCCCACAAGAUUAAUGACGAUGUAGAGCAAGCUAUUAUGACUCAUAUAAAAAAGUUUCCAUCAGAGGAAAGUCAUUACUCACGGGAAAGCAACCCACAUAAGAGGUAUUUAGCUCCAAAUCUUAAUAUGUCACUUAUGUAUAGACUGUAUAUUGAAG